GGACGAGCCAACAGGUGCAACUUCCACCAAGUAAUUGAUUGACGGAAAUGAACCGCUGUAGACCGGGCGGUGGUGGGUGUGUGGUACGAGCUGCAUACCAGCGUCGUAAUUUAUCCCAUGAUGGCAUGGUCUAUUUGUCCCCCCUUUCCUUUUUUUCCCUCCCUAUCCUCGUCCUCUCUUCUCUCCCAAUCCCUGCAGUGCGCCUCAGCCGCAGACUUGGAAGGUGUUGGUCUGUUACCGGCUGCAAUUUGCUGUUGUUGUUGUCAUGACUAACUAACGGCAGAUGAGACAAUACAUAUUAUUUGUCAACUAUUCAGUAGUUCUUUUUUUUUCCCUUUU